UCAACCCCCCUCGUCGCUUCGAGAGAAGGCCCACAUAACCCCUCACAUCGCCCCUCACAUCUUAUGGAAAAAUGGUCGUAUUUGUUGACUAUGAGAAUGAUGCCUUUGACGAGCGUCAUCAGCCCGGUCAUCCUGGAGCUCCGCUUCACGCCUUCAUCGACUCAGAGAACCUGCUGAUACACAAGUUGUCUAUUGGAGGUCCCCCUCCUUCUGAUAUCUUCCCAACAAAAAAUAAUAAUCACGAUCAGUCCAGAGAUACUAUUACUAAAGGGACAGUUGGAGGAACAGCCACAGAAUCUGCUUCCAGCACGGCAGAGUCUACGUCUACUACCGACUGUGCUAAUGCAAAGCGGAGUAAUCCGAACCGGAAUGCUUUCUCUGCAGCUUUGAGCUGUUAUCCGGUCGUCAAGGAACUCGCCCGAUCCGUAGACCUGAACACCCUCCACGCCCUCUCGAGAACAUGUCGUCAGUUCCGCGCGAAUUUAAUGCCCUUUUGUCAACAACUGAUCAGGCAGACUCUGCGCUGCGAGAAUGAAUAUAUAGAAACGCUCUCGGAUAUCUUGGACCAUGACUCCUCCGUCCCGGACAGUGUGAAAUCCGUCCUGGUGCUGAUGAACCGUGAAGGCAUACAACCGAGCAGGUUGACCAGGACGAAGAUCCGGAAGUGUGCCCGGGAUAUGGUGGGCGAGUGUCGAAGAUGCUCCAGAGUCGUGUGUAGGAAUUGUACAGUCAAACCACCGAGCGAUUCCAUGCUGAAGAACCGUCUCCGUCGUCUUUGCACUACCUGUCGCACUGUGCCAUUGGCCUAUCACUUCUCUCUUUCCCGGCCCAAUGACGCCAGUUUGGAUUUGAAUAAGGAAAACGUCUCGUUCACGGCAUCCGCUUUCGCCCGCACCCCAUGCUCCUGUGAAGAAGCUGUCUGGCUCUGCUAUAAAUGCGGUCAGACCCUCCGCAGUAACGACACGACCUACCGUCGUGUCUGGACCUGGCGAACCCGCUACAGCACAUAUCUUGACGGCAACCUAGGCACGGGAAUCGGCGAGGGCUGUCAGGGCGUCAAAUGUGGACGCGGGGAAUACUGUCUCGCAGCUCAGGAGAUUGAGCUAGAAGUCGAUCCUGAGGCGGAUGAUGGGUUUCUUACCGAUGCGAUCCACCAUCACAUUACCACUAAUAACAACAAUAGCAACAAUUACCCACUUGGCCACGCGGGUGCGGCUGCAAACUCAGGCGCUCCUUUACUUGUCGAUCUCAGGGAUGAGGAAGAGCCCGGGUACUUCCGCCAGGAGAUGGUCGGAGUGGGUGGCGUUGUCAAACAUAAGGCUAAGAAGCGGGUCAUGGUUGGCGCCUGUGUGAUUGAAUAUGAGGAUGAGCGCGACACGGGCCAGUACCUGGUUCGAGAGGAGGAAGGGUUGCACCGGAGCUGGUGUGCCUGGUGCUGGAGAGUUGUGCCAGCAAGGCAGGAGUCGGACAGGACUUAGCAGCAUUGGCCACUGAUUGCUGCAAACAGGAAAGCAAGCAUCAGUAUCUCUCCCUCCUUCCAUCCAUCCUGUAUAACAUGCAUACAUAGUGUUAAGAAUCGUAUAUGACAUGUGACAAAGGGGCGUAUCAUCAGGUCUUUUUUUUUUUUGGCUUGCCCCAUCUGUGAAACAGG